AAAAACAGUAAGGUUAGGUCUGUGUUAGCUGAUUCCCGCCGUGCCGUGACAUCAGAAGAGCAGAAAACAAAGUUACAACUGUUAACAACUGUGAUUUUACGCAAUUGUCCAGUUUUUUAAAAAAACGCAUGACUUUAUUGAAAUUAAAGGAGCGACCUCCUAUGUUUGUAUUCAUUCUUAAAUACACACGUGACUCCGAGGUGGAGCGCAGGCCGGUUUACCAAAAAUUCCUCCCGUGUUAGUCAGCGCGUAAAGAGGAGGAAGUCCCGACGUGCGCGUUUCACUUUCUUCCCCCGCUGCUUCACUUCACGAACACUCCUCACUCCGACGGGGGACGCGUGGGAAUGAGGAGGUCCUAGAAGAAGAAGAAGUCCCACCACCAUGUUCCCGUCGUGCCUUUGCCACGCCGCCGUCGCGGUGCUGCGGCGCAUCGAGCCCACCAUCGUGCUGCAGCAGCUGGGCAGCGCGCUCUCCAACACCGCCCUCCAGAUGUUGGCGAAGGACCGCUGCCUCAACGCCACCUACCCCGACCUCUCCCCGGAGGCCAGCCAGCAGAAAGCCAUGACGGACUUCUUCAUGACCUACAACCUCAUCCUCCGGCUGGUCCCGAUCGUGCCCGCGCUGCUCCUGGCGCGGGGGGGUGACCGCGGCUGGAGGAGGCUCCCCAUCGUGGCGCCGCUGUGCGGGUACCUGCUGCUGAGUGUCAUCCUGCUCCUGGUGGUCGUCUUCCGCCUCCCGUUGGAGGUGAUGUACGGCGGGGCGGUGGUCUACGGUCUGUCGGGGGGCUUCGGCGCCUAUUGGCCCGGCGUGAUGACGCUGGCCGCGCUCUCCUCCACGGCGACGGACCGAUCCAAGGUGAUGAUGAAAGUGGAGCUGCUGUACGGGACAGCCGGCGUGGUGGGGAGCCUCGCGUCGGGUCACAUGUUCCUCGUGUACAGCUCCAGUUUGGGGAACGGGAUCAUCCUGCUGACAGUGAGCGUCCUGCUGCGGCUGCUGUGCCUCCUGCAGUCCGUCGUCCUGCUGCAGGUGAACCCCCGACCGAGCGAAGAGCCAGAGGACACCAGCCGCCUCCUUCCUGACGCCUCCGGCGAGGCUCCUCCGGAGGCUCCUGCUGAGAGGAACAGGGUGAACGUAGUUCUGCUGGUGGCUACGGCCCUUCUGUACGGCGCCGCAGUGGGUGGAGCGAUGGAAAUACUGGACGUCUUCGUGCUAAAAGAGCCGCUCAGCUGGAGUGCCACUGAGGUGGGUUAUGGGAACGCCGCCGGCUCUUUGAUUUUCCUCACUAGCUUCGUCGGCGUCAUGGUGUUUCGCCGCUGCGUCAGCGACGCGGCGCUCAUCCUGAUGGGCAUGCUGUCCUUCGCGUCGGGGAUUUACUUCAUGUCCUUCGUCAGGACGACGUCCAUGUUCUACCUCGCUCGCUCACUCAACUUGUUUGCUCUGAUCCCGAUGCCCACAAUCCGAUCGCUGCUCUCACAGCAGGUUCCGGCUUCCUCAUGUGGCACCACUCUCACAUAUCUGCAGAUGGCCCUGAAGCUCUCCGGUCUGGCCUACAUCCCGGCCUUCACCAAGAUCUACCAGAGAACCCUGGACUGGUUCCCCGGCUUCGUCUUCACGCUGGCCAGCAGCGUCACGGUGCUGGGAAUGAUCCCCAUCAGUAUUGUGAGCUGCAGAUCUCGUCCGAUGCGUCAGCCCACAAGGAUUCAGGCGGACUGAGGGCACCGACCUCACCGCCCUCACCGCAGCCAGCGCUCGCCAGAGGGUGACGGGGCGAGGAACCGAGGAACAAAAAGUGGGCGAAAAGCAGAACAGCGCUUCAGUCUCACUUCCUCUUCUGACGGAACUUUGUACACCGCGAGAGUUUCAAAUGGCCUCGGCUGUCACAGGAUGAGCCGAUCCUGUUUUGGUCCAGUUUGACGCAAACUCCUGACUGGAGAGUGAAAUUUGUCCCGAAUGAGGCGAUUACCACAUAAUGAGGGACCAACGAUGACAAAGUGACGCGAGUUUAGUCACAAACAGGCUGAAUCACUGUCCCAAAGUGUAGCACAUACAUGAGGGUUUGACAAGGGUUGGGAUUAAAAUUUCAAGUCAUUCACACUGAUAUGUACUUUGGAUUUAUACUUUUCUACUGUCUGUUGCAUUUUUAUUGUUGUGCAUGUUCGGGGAUGGAAUAUACACACACACACACACACACACACACACACAUUUUGAUUUGUUUGAAUUUGAGCUUGUGUGGUUUUGUACUCCCUUUGCAUAAAAAAUAGCUGCAGAUUAUUUUCAAACAAUACAUUUUGAAAUGUUUAUUUAUUAAAUGAACUACAUAUUAAUCAAUAUAAAUCGUAUAUUAUACACAAGUUGUGAUAAAUUAUACAUUUCAGACGAUAAGGCAGCAAGUGUAAGUCACUGUGCUUUACGGUACUCUGGACCCAGUGGAUCUGAAGGGAAUGUAAUGCAGCGGAUAUCAUUAUUUUAACAUUAUGGAUGCUGACCUUCGGGUAUGAAUUUAGGUAAUUAUUACACCUACGGUACAGUUUAUCCUGGUUUAAGGGCUUAAAUCAGAUAUGAAAUAUUCAAUGAACUGAAGCUGUGAGUUUUGUAAGUCUUUAAUAAACAUUUCUAAAUGUCUGUUUUUGGAGAUGUAUUAACUGGAUGUAUUAUGAAAUCUCAAAGUUCAAAUAGUGAUAAUAUUCACCAGGCAUUGCGUGUAUUUUCAUGAAAUAAUGACUUACAAAUCUUUCAAAUGGCUGAAUACAAAGAAAAAGUUAAAGAAUGACAAUAAAAAAACAGACCUAAGCAAAGGCAUUAUUUUUUUAUUAUUGGUCCAAUAUAACCAAAAGAAUCAUUCGAGGUAAAGAUAAAUUGCUUCAAAACGACAUCAAUAUACAAGCUUAUUUGUGAUCACAACAGGAUGUUGUUAGCAUCCAAACAAUAGGGACUGAACGUAAACAAGUACACACUGGGGAGGAACAGAAAUCAAACAAAUGAAAAUAAAGAUACACAUUUGCAUAACCGGUCUGACGUCUAAUCUUUGAGGGAAUCCAAUCAUCUCAUAAUGUGUGAAUCUAUGACAGGAAGAAAAAAA